GAAGCAGAAGAAGUAGCUCAGCGACAUUAUUCAGAUGUGGAAAUUAUUUGGGGCUCAUUUAAAAAUUCCCGAACUUCCAAGUUCCUGUAGAACAGCAGACAAAGUCAGACAUGCACCGCUGCAUGUUGAGGUUUGUUGAGCAGCUUAGGCAGAGUUCAGUCCGGUGCAUGAGCUCUGGAGUUGGGAGAAGGAGAGCUUUGCGAAGUGCCUUCCCAGUUCUGGACUUGCCCCUGCAGCCCAUCCACCUACAUGUGUAUGAAGCAAACCUGAGAAACAGCAAUGCCUGCCUUAAGAUGUACACAGAGUUCAGGGAGAAGGUGAGGAAAGGGGGAGGGGAAAACGCCGUAGCCAGACACACCCAGAGAAACAGGAAGUUGCUGGUCAGGGAUCGGCUGCGGCUCCUGUUGGAUGAUGAGGACUUUCUGGAGCUUUCACCAUUUGCCGGUUUGGGUCUACCGUAUGGGGACAUCCCUUCAGCUGGCUGCCUGACUGGCAUCGGCAGGAUCAAUGACUUGUGGUGUGUGUUCAUUGCCAAUGAUGCAACUGUGAAAGGUGGAACCGCAUAUCCAAUCACAGUAAAGAAGCAGCUACGAGCACAAGAAAUAGCAAUCCAAAACCGCCUGCCUUGUGUCUACCUGGUCGACUCAGGUGGAGCUUUCUUACCACUUCAGUCAGAGAUUUUUCCUGACAAGAACCAGGGAGGAAGAACGUUCUAUAAUGAAGCCAUCAUGUCUGCCAUGAAGAUCCCACAGGUGGCAGUGGUAUGUGGGUCCUGCACAGCGGGUGGAGCUUACGUCCCCACAAUGGCAGAAGAAGCCGUGAUGGUGCACCGGAUAGGAACCAUAUUCUUGGGAGGACCGCCACUUGUCAAAGCUGCUACAGGAGAGCAGGUUUCUCCGGAGGACCUGGGAGGAGCCAGACUGCACUCUGAGGUGAGUGGCUGUGUGGACCAUUUUGCUUGGGAAGAGAAGGAGGCCUUUGAUUACACCAGAAACAUCAUAUCCACCCUAAACUUCCACCUGCCUGAGGAAGAGGAGGACACGUUAAAGAGGAGGACAGAGGAGGAACCACUGUACAGUUCAGAGGAGCUUCUGGGGCUCGCUCCUCAGAGUUAUAGCUACAGUCUGGAUGUUAAAAUGAUAAUCAAUCGACUGACAGACGGGAGCCGCUUCCAGGAGUUUAAAGCUCGUUAUGGAACUACGCUGGUUACUGGCUUUGCAAAGAUACAUGGCCAUUUAGUGGGAAUAGUAGCCAAUAAUGGCAUGCUGUCAUAUGAAGCGGCACUGAAAGGAAGCCAUUUUGUCCAGCUGUGUGACCAGAGAGAUGUCCCGCUCGUCUUCCUCCAGAACACAGCACCUGCAGCAGCAAUGACACUGUCCACAUCUCAGGCAGAAAUAAACAGUAACCGUCUGAAGGCUCAGGGUUCAAUGAUGUCCGCAGUGGCGUGUGCCUCCGUUCCAAAAAUCACUGUGGUGAUUGGUGGUUGCCAUGGUGCUGACAGCUAUGCUAUGUGUGGACGGGCGUUUGACCCUAAUUUCCUGUUCCUGUGGCCCAACGCUCGAGUAUCAGUGACGGCUCCGGGUCACGCUGGCUCUCUGCUUGUCCCUGAUGAUGAGCUGGAGGAAGAGCAGCAAAAGCAGGAGGAGAAGCUGAACAAGAGGUUGAAAGAAGAAAGUUCAGCUUUCUUUUCCUCUGGCAGGAUGUGGGACGAUGGCGUCAUCCUGCCACAGGACACCAGAAAGGUUCUUAGAGACGCCCUGAAUAUCAUCAAACAGCAACAUUAUCAGCUUUCUACAGAGAAACUACAAUCAGCUCCUCUACGCAUGUAGAGACGUCUCUCCUUCUGGACUCUCCUUUAUUGACUUAGUUUAGGUUUCUGCUUUUUGGACUUAACAUAAAGCAAGUUUUCAGUUUGACUGGGAGUUAAUUAGAAAUCAUGACUGUUAUACAGCUGUCUAAUCCACUAAUGUCAUCAUUUAAUCUGUCAUUUUUGUACAGAAACAUCAGGGGAUCUGAGAUAAUGACUAGCACUCAUAUAGAGGUCAGAUAUUUAAAAUAUCUACUGGCAUGUUUACCACUUUGUGCAUUUUUAUCCAGAUUAUCAUAUUUACUGUACAUGUAGGACUUUAAUCUAAACACCAAGGAGAAAAUCCUGGAAAAGUGCCUCUUCAGGUUUGUGGUUUUCCUCCUGUUCUUGCAUAAAAGUGCAGAAGUUUCUGUCCUGAUGAUUUUUGUAAUCUGAAAAAUGUGCAUUUUAAAUCAUUUUGGGCUGUAUUAACUGCAGUUUAUUGAUCUCUUACAGCCUUAAACCACUUCUGGAAGGUUCUGUCUGCAUUUUUUUUUAAAGAUAUCAAAGUAUCUCAGCGAAGCUCCAACACAAAAGUUGUAAUUCAGUAAUCAUGAAUGUAAAGUAAUUGUUUUAUUGUUCAUUUGUAUAAAAGAAGAUAUUUUAAAUUGCCAAAUUGGUGUGUUUUAGUUGCAGCAUUACCAAGAACUAGUAAUCUCAUUCACCACUUUGAGUUCUGAAUUGAAACCGUUUCAGUGCCAUAA